GCGUCGCGGCAGGCGGAAGUGGCGCCGCUUGUUUGAAAUUGGCAGAGUAGGCUCCGGCCGGACCCGAGCCGCUGGGGGUGCCAUGUCCACCCCUCCGCUGGCGCCCACGGGCAUGGCGUCCGGACCCUUCGGCGGCCCGCAGGCGCAGCAGGCCGCGCGCGAGGUCAACACGGCCACGCUGUGCCGCAUCGGGCAGGAGACCGUGCAAGACAUCGUGUACCGCACCAUGGAGAUCUUCCAGCUGCUCAGGAACAUGCAGCUGCCAAAUGGCGUCACUUACCAUACUGGAACUUACCAAGACCGGUUAACAAAGCUACAGGACCAUCUUCGGCAACUUUCUAUUCUCUUCAGGAAGCUACGACUGGUCUAUGACAAGUGUAAUGAGAACUGUGGUGGAAUGGACCCCAUCCCUGUGGAGCAACUGAUUCCAUAUGUGGAUGAAGACGGCUCAAAGAAUGAUGACCGGGCUGGUCCACCUCGUUUUGCUAGUGAAGAGAGACGAGAAAUUGCAGAAGUAAAUAAGAAACUCAAACAGAAGAAUCAACAGCUGAAGCAGAUUAUGGAUCAAUUACGGAAUCUCAUCUGGGACAUAAAUGCCAUGUUGGCAAUGAGGAACUAAACUGAUAUUUAAAUCUCCUGCUCAUGUGAUACGAUUGUCUCCCCCCUCCCUUGAGUAUUCCUCCCUUUGAAAAACAGUAUUUAUGUCUUUAUUUUAACAGCUAGCACUAAAGUUUUUCUUUUCACUUUAAAGUAUUUACUAGCUUUUUUUUUUUUAAUGCUGUGGGUUUUAUGAAAGAUUAUUAUAAUACCUUUGAUAGGGUGUGAGCUUUGGUUAAUCUUCAUAAAUUGAAUGAAUUAAAAAAUACAAAUAAAAAUUUAUACAUAACUA